AGAGAUGCACAGGAGAUAUAUAUUGUAGCAGUGUGUGUGUCACUGCUGUUGUCACCAGCUGCAACACCAUCUAUUACACCAGCUGCAACACCAUCUACUACACCAGCUGCACCUCGUCACCACUUACACACAAGUACAACACAAUGGCAGCUUUUGAAGAAAUGGGUGUGCUACCAGAAAUAGCCAAGGCUGUAGAGGAGAUGGAUUGGUCAUUACCAACAGAUGUCCAGAGUGAGGCAAUUCCACUUAUUUUGGGAGGCGGUGAUGUUCUGAUGGCAGCUGAGACGGGUAGUGGUAAGACUGGUGCUUUCUGUCUUCCCAUUCUGCAGAUUGUCUGGGAAACUCUUAAGGAUAUCCAACUUGGCAAGACCUCAAAAGUCAGUAAGGAGGCUUCUCCUCUCUGGUUGAUGAGUUUCUUCGACCGUGAUGCAGGAAUGGCGGUGACCCCUGAUGGGUUGCGGUGCCAGUCACGGGAUCCUAAGUGCUGGCAGGGUGUGCGAUGCACCAAGGGUGUCACUGGCAAAGGCAAAUAUUAUUUUGAAUCAAUCGUGUCAGAUGACGGGCUGUGCCGUGUUGGCUGGGCAACACCUCAGGCUGCUUUAGAUCUUGGAACAUGUAAAUCGGGAUUUGGAUUUGGAGGCACCGGGAAAAAAUCGAACUGCAAGCAGUUUGAUGAUUAUGGUGAGACUUUUGGGCUCAAAGAUGUCAUUGGUUGCUACCUCAACUUAGAUACUAUGGAGAUACAUUAUAGCAAGAAUGGAAAUGACCUGGGGAAAGCCUUCACUCUUCGAAGUGAAUUUAAAAAUGCUGUCUUCCAUCCUGCUGUAGUACUGAAGAACGCAGAGAUGUCUUUCAACUUUGGUGCAACGGAGUUCAAAUUCCCACCUAAGUCAGGAUACAUAGCAGUGUGUCAGGCCAACAAGGAAUGCAUUGUAAGCUCAGGUGUUAAGGGAGGUGGAGAUAAACCACAAAAGGUUCAGAACAAUGCUCCACAAGCUGUAAUAAUUGAGCCCUCAAGAGAACUUGCAGAACAGACCUUAAAACAAGUUCAGCUAUUCCGUAAGUUUCUGGAUAAUCCAGUGGUUCGUGACCUUCUUGUUGUUGGUGGCAUACCUGUGAAGGAUCAGAUAGCAGCACUCAGAGGAAUAGUAUUUUUUUGUGGCCCCUGGGCGCUUGGGGAUCUUAUUAAUACUGGGGGCGCUCUGCAGUCCUGCAAAUUCUUUGUAUUAGAUGAGGCUGAUGGACUCCUUAAACAGGGGCACGAGCGUCUCAUAAACAGCAUCUACAACUCUAUUCCCAAGAUAACAUCUGAAGGCAAGAGACUACAGAUGGUAGUGUGUUCUGCCACACUACAUUCCUUUGAAGUGAAGCGUAUGGCUGAACGUAUGAUGCACUUCCCAACCUGGGUGGAUCUUAAAGGUGAAGAUGCCGUGCCAGAGACUGUCCACCAUGUUGUUGUAACAAUUGAUCCCCGAGCAGAUGCUACCUGGCACAACCUACGUCGCCACGUGCAGACUGACGGAGUUCAUAUGAAGGAUGGGGUACGACCAGGAAAUAAUACACCUGAGACUUUAAGUGAGGCUGUGAAGCUGCUGAAAGGAGAAUACUGUGUUAAGGCUAUUGAUACACACAAAAUGGAUCAGGCACUCAUAUUUUGCCGAACUAAACUGGACUGUGACAAUUUAGAAAACUAUUUUAAUCAAAUUGGUGGAGGUGCCAAUAAUAGAGGUAACCCGUAUUCAUGUGUGUGCCUGCAUGGUGAUCGUAAGCCUAAUGAACGCAAAGCAAAUCUCCAAAAGUUUAAGGAUGGUGGAGUGAGGUUCCUCAUAUGCACUGAUGUAGCUGCUCGAGGAAUUGAUGUUGGAGGCUUGCCUUUCAUAAUCAAUGUUACUCUGCCUGAUGAAAAAAGCAACUAUGUCCAUCGCAUUGGUCGUGUUGGUCGAGCCGAGAGAAUGGGUCUUGCUAUCUCCCUCGUUGCUGCUGUACCAGAGAAGGUGUGGUUCCAUGGAGAAUGGUGUGCAACUCGUGGGCGAAAUUGUUAUAACACAAGAUUGACUAAGGAAGGUGGUUGCUGUGUUUGGUACAAUGAGCCACAGUACCUUGCUGACAUUGAAGAGCACUUGGGUGUGACCAUCCAGCAGGUUGACACGGAAAUGAAAGUUCCGGUUGAUGAAUUUGAUGGGAAAGUGGUUUAUGGUGAAAAAAGAGGCAAUGUGGGUAAGUUAUGUUAAUAUUUGCAUGUAAAU